AUGGCAAAUCCGCUGCCAUUUCUCUCUAUUGCCCUCGUCUUCGGUGUGCCCCUGGUCCUCUACAUUAUUUUCCUUUGCCUCAGCGCGAUUCCCUUCUUCCAGCGCAAUUUCCUGUACGCUCACAGAGUCAACACAUUGUGGUGGGCGAAUAUCGACGAACCCGAGCAAUGGGGUUUUGCAAAAAACCAAGUCACUCCAUUCUCCAUCACCACCGCCGACAACCAGACCCUCUACGCCUGGCACAUCCUGCCACUGCCCCUUUACGCCCAACACGAGGCCGAGCUCUCAUCCCGACCUGCCGGCUUUGCCCAUGACAUCACCGAGACCAGAAACUUCCGCCUGCUCCGUGAUGACCCUACCUCCAAGUUGGUCAUAUCUUUCCAUGGAAACGCAGGGCACAUAGCCCAGGGCGUGCGCCCGCAGCACUACCUCUCCCUGACCUCUCACACGCCGUACCACCUCCUGACGGUCGACUACCGCGGGUUUGGACGGAGCACGGGCAGCCCGACGGAGCACGGCCUGAUCCUGGACGCGGCGGCCGUCAUCAACUGGGCGGUGCACACGGCCGGGGUGGCGCCCUCGCGCAUCGUGCUGGUCGGCCAGUCCCUCGGCACGGCCGUGGCCUGUGGCGCCGCCGAGCUCUUUACCCUGCAGGAGGGCGUUGACUUUGCCGGUAUCGUCCUGGUCGCCGGUUUCAGUACCCUGCCCAAGAUGCUCAGCGGCUACGCCAUUGCCGGGUGGCUGCCGGUUCUGCGCCCGCUGACCUACUGGCCGUGGUUGCUUGACAAGAUUGUGGGCAGGGUGGUGGAUAAAUGGGAGAGCGCCGAGAGAUUAGCAGCGGUCGUGAAAAGGGUUAAGGAGAGGGGAGGGAGGCUGAGAUUAAGCUUGGUGCACGCGAGGAAUGAUUGGGAUAUUCCCAGCCACGAAGACGACCUGUUGUUCAGGGCGGCUGUUAGCGGGCUUGUUUCUCGUGAGAUGGACGCCGAUGACUUCAAGGCGGCGAAGGCUGCUAGGACGGUAGUGAGGGGGAAGGAUUCGUUCGUCACUAUUUGGAGGGAAGCAAACGUGGUUGUGAGGCAAGAGCUUUUCCCGUAUGGAGGGCACAAUUCUGUUCUGUAUUAUGCCCCUGUGGCGCUUGCCGUCAUGAGGUCGUUUGGUGUCGUUGACGGGGCCGCCUCGUGA